AUACACAAAAUUCCACGCGUCAACGAAUCAUCUCACUACAGCUGGUACGCUGUUUCUGCAUUGACUUUUUUGUUCCAUUACCUUUUCUAUCUGAACUGAUGAUCCAAAUAUUGUUGCUGGAUUGAGUACUCGUGAUUCAGGAUUUACUUUAUAAUUUAUAUAAAUUUCAAAUUUCUGAAUAUUGUUCUGGAAUUUAGGGUUUAUAGUUCCGUUUCUUUUGUUUUCAGCUAUUUUUCUCUUGAUCCGGCUUAUAUUUCAUUUCUUCCGACCAGAUUCUUACGAGGGAAACGCUUUUUUCUGAUGGGAUGAUUUCGCCACUGAAUUUCAUAUAUAAUUUCGUUGGAUUAGGAAUUUAGGAUAGGGUUUUGAAAUUCAAAAUUACACAUCCACAAAUUUUAGGUCUAAAAAAUCCAGAAAUUGGAAUGAGAAGCCAAUUAUGGAGAUGGAGUUUAGGUUUAAUUUACAUAUUCGCAGUUGCAACAAUAUGGAUUGCUGCUAGUUUCAUCGUACAGUCGGUCGAAGACGGGGGCGUUUCCCCCUUUCUCGUAACAUACAUUUGCAACUCGUUGUUUGUGGUGUGUAUACCUUUAGUCGAAAUCGGGCGUUAUUUGGAGGAUAAAAAUAUAAGCAUAUUCUUUUGGCGGAAUCGAGCGGGUCCCGCUUUGCAAGAUUUAAGGGAUUUUGAAAAGGUUAUUCUUCUUGAUGAUGAUGAUAAUGAAGCUAAUGUAUUGAAACCUAAUGUGGUUGUAUUGCAAGAGAACAAUGUUCUUGCUAAUGAUGGUGUCGAAACGGGAUUGGACGAAAAGGGUCGUUGGACUCGUCGGAGAGUUGCAAAAGUUAGCCUGUUGAUAUGCCCUGUUUGGUUUCUUGCACAGCUCACGUUUAAUCUUUCUCUAAAGUACACUACAGUUACGUCAAACACCAUCCUAAGCAGUGCAUCCAGUUUGUUCACGUUUUUAGUGGCGCUCGUUUUUUUGGGGGAGAAGUUCACUUGGCUGAAGCUUAUAAGCGUUCUGCUCUGCAUGGGAGGAACAAUAAUUGUCAGCAUGGGCGACUCAGCAUCGAGUGAAGUUGCCUCGAGUGCUGUCACGGGGGAUAUUCUGGCGCUUUGCUCCUCAGCGUUUUAUGCUGUGUACAUCACCCUGAUUCGCCAGAAAUUACCCGAUGAAGACGAUGAAGUACAGGGCCGUGCUAGUAUGGCUCAGUUUCUUGGAUUCCUCGGUUUGUUCAAUCUCAUGAUAUUUUUUCCAGUGGCUCUCGUGCUUCACUUUUCUAGGCUCGAGCCUUUCACCUCUCUUACAUGGGAGCAAUUUCGUCUUAUUAUUGGUAAAGGUUUGCUGGACAAUGUGCUGAGUGAUUACUUAUGGGCGAAAGCUGUGCUGCUUACAACGACAACUGUGGCGACAGCAGGUCUUUCGAUACAGGUACCGUUAGCUGCUGUAUUGGAUUCGUUGAAGGGGAAUAUUCCCGGUCUCUCCGAUUUUAUUGGAGGUGCUGCUAUUAUGGUUGGUUUUGCCGGAAUUAAUAUUCCUUCGGAUUUUCUUUUCAGAAAUAAUAAAGAUGCCAUUGUUGAAUUAGACAGUGCUAAUGUCAAUCCAAAUGAUCAUGCUGACCUUUGAUGUAUGUUUUUUUUUUUCUUUUUCUGUAUGUAUAUUGAAACUAUACUGAAGAACAACUGCAAGAAGAGAAUCAGAUAUAUAUAUACCAAAGUAGGAAUCCCUACAUUUUAUUCCUAAAA